UUUCUCCUUUUCUUCGAGUGACAUCUUCCCAGGGGAAACUAAUCCUGACUACCCCCUCCCACGCCGUGUGAUAUCUCCCUUAAAGAUCAGGACACCUCUCCCCGAGCGUCGGCACCUCCGCUUUUUUAAACUUUGUACAGACCCAGAGAACCCAGUUCCAAAGACCAGCUCCUCCCGGAAUGAUUGCCCGCAGAUUUCUACCCCGGAACUGCGCCCCCAGCCACCGCCUCCCAUGGAACAGCCCACUGUACGGAAUGGGCGCAAAGAUGGCAGCCCCCACGGAGGAACGCCUCCGCACAGCCAUGUUCCUUUCCCGACACCACCACUCAUGGGCAAAGUCUCCGUAGAUCCGUAAGCGCACGUCUCGGAGCGAGUAGACUGCAGCAUCACAGCCCUUAGGAUCCUGUGCGAGACCAGCACCCCAGAAGGGGCACUGUCGGGGUGGACAGGAAACGGAAGUGGCCCUCAGAGGACGUUUAAGUCUUGUUGGCGCGCGGCGCUAAAGCGAGUGCACGAGGUUUUAUGGCGUGACAGUCAUCAGUGAUUUUGAGGAUUUCUUGGUGUCUCUGUGGAGCUGUUGAGCUUUCUCCUUACUGGAGGCUGCGGGAUCUUCCAUUCAUUCUGAUCGCAGCCCACAUACAGACUCCCCUCCAGCUUUGGAAGGUGGUCUGAGACCCAGGGUGAACAUGCCAGCUAAUGGGAAAUCACCCCAGAGGUUCCCUGCCUUGGUUCCAGGACAGUCUGGCAGAUCAUUUGAGGUAUCUGUGUCAUUUGAGGACGUAGCUGUGGAUUUUACCCGACAGGAAUGGCACAGACUGGACCCUGCUCAGAGGACCAUGCACAAGGAUGUGAUGUUGGAGAACUAUAGCAACCUGGCAUCUGUGGGCCUCUGCGUGGCCAAACCAGAGAUGAUCUUCAAGUUGGAGCGAGGCGAGGAGCUGUGGAUAUUAGAGGAGGACUCCUCAGGCCAUUGUUACCCAGGAUCUCUCUCACUGCUGUGUGGCAACAGUUCUGUUGGGGGUAAUGCCCUCAGGCAUGAUAAUGACCUUCAGCAUCAGAAAAUUCAAACUUUGGAUCAAACUGUUGAAUAUAACGAAUAUGGGAAAGUCUUCUACAAGAAAACAGGCUUUGUUGGACACAAAAGAACACACACAGGAGUAAAAAACUUUGGAUGUCAUGAAUGUGGGAAAACUUACUGCAGGAAAUCAAAUCUUAUUGAACAUCUGAGAAUACACACAGGGGAGAGACCCUAUAAAUGUGGUGAAUGUGCAAAGACCUUUAGUGCAAGAUCAUACCUCAUUGCUCACCAGAAAACUCACACAGGGGAGAAACCCUUUGAAUGUAAUGAAUGUAGGAAGUCUUUUGGCAGGAAGUCACAACUCAUUCUACAUCAGAGAACGCACACGGGAGAGAGACCCUAUGAAUGUACUGAAUGUGGAAAAACCUUUUCUGAGAAGGCAACCCUCAUGAUUCAUCAGAGAACUCACACUGGGGAGAAGCCCUAUGAAUGUAGUGAAUGUGGAAAAACAUUUCGAGUUAAGAUAUCCCUUACGCAACACCAGAGAACUCACACCGGGGAGAAACCAUAUGAAUGUAGUGACUGUGGGAAAAACUUCCGUGCAAAGAAAUCCCUAAAUCAACAUCAAAGAAUUCACACAGGUGAGAAACCAUAUAAAUGUGGUGAAUGUGGGAAAUUCUUCAGAAUGAAAAUGACUCUCAAUAAUCAUCAGAGAACUCACACAGGUGAAAAACCCUAUCAAUGUAAUGAAUGUGGGAAAUCUUUUAGGGUGCACUCAUCUCUUGGGAUACAUCAGCGAAUUCACACAGGAGAGAAACCUUAUGAAUGUAAUAAGUGUGGUAAUGCCUUCUAUGUGAAAGCACGCCUCAUUGAACAUCAGAGAAUGCAUUCAGGAGAGAAACCCUAUGAAUGUAGUGAAUGUGGAAAAAUCUUCAGUAUGAAGAAAUCCCUUUGUCAACACCAGAGAACUCACACAGGAGAGAAACCCUAUGAAUGUAGUGAAUGCGGAAAUGCCUUCUAUGUGAAAGUACGCCUCAUUGAACAUCAGCGAAUUCACACAGGAGAGAGACCCUUUGAAUGUCAGGAAUGUGGGAAAGCCUUCUGCCGGAAAGCACACCUCACAGAACAUCAGAGAACUCACAUAGGCCGGCCCUUGCCUUGUACUAUGGAGAAAGCUUCUUUGUGAAAACUCCUAUUACCAUUUGAUCAAUCCCUUUGGGUCAUCUAGUCACCACACACACAGAGUAUACCUGUUAUAAUUGGCUCCUACACUGGUGUGAAAAUACGUCCUGAUUCUCUUUAUGGGACAACUCAUUGAUUUCAUUUCUUUUGGAUUUCCCUAAUUAAUGAUGAGGUGGAAUAUUUUCUUACCUGUUGAUUGGCCAUUAGGAUUUUUCUUCUGUGCACUGACAGUUCUAUAUCCUUUGCUCAUUGUUUAUAAUGGGCUGCUUAUCUUAUAUUUGCUUCUUGGUUUAAAUGUUGUUGUUUUUGUUUUUUAAUAUAUGAGAAUAUAAAAAUCUUUUUUUCCAGUCAUAUGUGUUGCAGAUAAUCUGCUCAUGGACUGUGCCUGGUUACUUAAUUUUGUUAACUCUUCUGCUGAGGCUUUAUGUUUGAAUAUUACCAGUUUCAAGUUGAUAAUAUUCUCCUGUCCUUUCCUCUGAGGUUAAGGUUUUCCUUUCAACAUUUAGAAUUUUUCAUCUACCCUAAGAGUUUUUGUGUAUGUGUAUAGUGUGAAUUGUACAAUAUAUAAUUCUCUAUUGCUCUUAAAAACUUUACCUAAAGGAUAUCAUACAGUGUUGAAACUCUGUAGCUUGCUUUUUUCAUGAAAUUUUACCUUUCCAAGGUCCAUCUAUGUUGAUAAAUCUAGGUCUGGUUCGUUCAUUUCUCUCUUCAUUCCCCUAGUGCAAGACAUUUGUAUUUUUCUAUGUUUAGCAUCUAAAUCUAAAAGUGGAACUGAUGGGUCAUAGAGUUAGAGUAUAGGGAGUGUUUAAGUGAUUAAGCUCUUGUGCCCUCACUCUGACACUCCCCUUCAACACCGUUCUCUGUGAUGCUGGGGCUAUGACUCUACAAAACAUAUUUCUUUCUUGCUAUCUGCUUCCUGUUGGGCCUUACCAGUAAGAGAUACUAAAUACACACUUUGAGUGUGAGGAAGGAAAAAGGGACCUGCUCCUUCCCCCCCCCCCCUUCCUUUUAGCUCCCUGUUUAUAUGAAUGUCAGCUCAGGAUUGUGUCUUCCUUUGAGCAGCAGAAGUUCCUCACGACGGCAAUAGUUUAAUUCAGGUUGUAGAUUACCAGCACUCACAGAACAGCCUACUCACCUCCUCAGAGACACUAGCAGCAACUGCUUGGUGCCAUCUCCUUAGAGGUAUGAGUCCCACCCACAUGACACUACUCCUCCAACCUUUCAAUGUUUAUUAAUUCCAGUUUCUUCCCUUGUUAUCUUAGCUCAGCUGCUUUCUGCAAUUGCUACCUCCAUGAAAAUUUUAACAGUCUCUUUCUGUCUUUUCAGUUACAUGGUUAAUAAUUUGUGAGUAGUUAAACAUUCUUUCUAAGACAUUCUUUUCAUUAAAAUAGCUGGUAUUGUUUCUGUCCCCUAGCUGGGUUCUUCUGAUUGAUACAAAAAGUUUUUCAACUUUAUUAAAUAAUUGGAUUUUUCCUUCCAGGUUGUACUAAUUUAUACUGUUAUGAGCAGUUGAGAUGAAGUUUAUAUUUUCCCACAUAUUCACCAGGACUUAUUAUCAGUCUUUCAAAUUGCUACCAGUCUGAAAGGUGCAAAAUGGCUUUAAGCCAUUCUAUCCAUGAAAAUGGUUUAUCUUUUUAUUUUUUAACUCACCUUUUUAUUUUUUAUUAUUUUAUUUUAUUUAUUUAUUUUUUAUUGGAGUUCAGUUUGCCAACAUACAGCAUAUCACCCAGUGCU